GUAAAACUACCCAUUUUUCAGCAUAAACUGAAAAUCCACACCUCAUUGAGACCUCACUGUGCAUUUUGCAACUUGGCAACAGCAUUCGGCAGCUGAGAAAGUCCAAAUCCAAAUUACCUAAAAGGGCUUCUCUCUUGGCAUCUUUGGUAUUCUGGGUCUUGUCUAAAACGCGCAUAGGCUGAGUACGAGGCUUUGUUUAGCGAAGUUUUGGGUUCUACAGUUGGAAAGGUGGAGUUUUUGCAUCUGUAUCUCGGUUUUCGAGAGAGAUUGGAAGGCUAUGGAGGCUUAUAAGAAAUGGGUUAGGGAGAACAAGGACUAUGUGCACUCGUUGGAGUCUCUGGCCAAUGGAUUCACAUGGCUUCUACCCGAACGGUUUUCUGAGUCAGAGAUAGGACCUGAAGCAGUAACUGCUCUCUUUGGAGUAAUAACUGCUAUCAAUGAACAUAUCAUCGAAACAGCUCCACCUCCAAUGCAUGUUGGCUCUGCUGAGCGUUAUUCUUUUCCCUAUGCAUUGUGUAUAUCUGCACUAAAGGACUUGGAAACGUUGGUUGAAGUUGUGGCUCAACAGUAUUUUGGUGAUGAGAAAAAAUGGAAUUUCAUUGCUGCUAUGGAGGCUAUCAAGGUGCUAGUUAGGUUAGCUUUAUUCCGGAACAGUGGAUAUAAGAUGCUUCUGCAUGGAGGAGAGACACCAAAUGAUGAAAAGCAUUUGGCUACAUCAACUCCUCAACGUAAUGGUUUUACAAAGCCUGGAGGGCAGCUUGGGCUUGGGUACUUAAGAAAUAAUAAUGGACAGGACGCAUGGAAUUUAGAAGGAAGAGCACUAUCUGCACUGAGUAGGUUUGGAGAGAAUGCUAGGAUGGUUUCAGAACCAGUAUGGUUGCGUAGAGUUCAACACCAGCAUGCAAUUAUGGAGCCUCCAACUCCAGUGGUUAAGAGGCCGACUCUUUCCACCAUAUUGUCCAAAAAGGGUCUUCAUGGGGCGUUUUAUUUGAUUGGGGAAGCGCUAUUUAUAACAAGACCACUUAUCUAUGUUUUAUUUAUUCGAAAAUAUGGAGUUCGCUCGUGGGUUCCUUGGUUUCUUUCGCUGGCUGUGGACUUCACUGGGAUGGGCAUUCUUUCACGAAUUACUUCGACAAGGGGUGGUACCGAGCAGCAGUUUCAUCUUUCUGACUCUGAAAAGAAUGAGGUUAAAAGACGAAAGAUGUUAUGGGCACUUUACCUCAUGAGAGAUCCAUUUUUCAGCAAGUAUACCAGGCAAAAACUCGAAAGCACCGAGAAAGUGUUGGAACCUGUUCCUAUUGUUGGGUUUCUUACAGCAAAACUUGUCGAGCUCAUUGUAGGAGCUCAGACGAGGUAUACUUACAUGUCAGGAUCAUAAGGUGGAGGCUGCAAUGAGAGUUAUGGUUAUUAGAGUUUUCACAUUUCUUGUAGGUGAAGCAAGUCCCCCAGCUGUAUGAUGUGUUUCUUAAAAACUGACCAAUGUGUCAAAUGGCUGUAUCAAGUCUCUUACAUUCUCAAAAAUGAAAAAGGGAAAAGGUUUUAUGUUGAUUUUAGCGCGUCAAAUAUUGUGUGGAAAGUGACGACAUGUUAGGUGUCACACAAGACAGAUUGCUGGUUUCUGAGUCUGUUCAGGUUUCUGGUGCUGGGGCUUUGCCCCCCGGCUUUCAUAAUUUUUUGUGUGGAAAGUCCGUGUUUAGUUUGAUGAAAAGGAGCCGUAUGGAAAAUAUAUUUGAGUAGAGGUCUUAAAUCAAGAUGCGGUUCGCCAGGCUCGAUUGAGAGCUUUUGACCAAACUGCUCCUUGUUCACUGUGGAACAAAUGCCUUGAACAAAUAUGUCAAAUAGAGCUGCCUUUUUUA